AUGGGAGCGUUCAGCCGGCAGAAGUUUUUCCAGGAGCUUGCUCAUGGCUGCCUGCUGCCCACAGCUCAGCAGGGCCUGGAGCAGGUAUGGCAGCUGCUGGUUAUCUGCCUGCUGUGUCGGCUUCUCUGGAUGUUGGGGCUCCCCUCUUUCCUGAAACACCUGGGCACAGUGGCGGGAGGUUUCUACACUCUCUACCUGUUCUUUGAGCUUCAUAUGAUCUGGGUGGUCCUUCUCAGCCUUCUCUGCUACCUCUUCCUCUUCCUGUGCCGCCACUCUACCAUCCGAGGCACCUUCCUCUCCAUCACUGUGCUCAUCUACCUGCUGCUGGGAGAGCUGCACAUGAUGGACACCACCAACUGGCACAAGAUGAGAGGUUCACAGAUGGUGGUUGCCAUGAAAGCCAUCUCCCUGGCCUUCGACUUGGACAGAGGUGUCGUGACCAGUGUACCCUCACCCAUCGAGUUCAUGGGCUACAUUUACUUUGUGGGCACAGUCAUCUUUGGUCCCUGGAUCAGCUUCAACAGCUACAAAGAAGCUUUAGAAGGACGCAAGCUAAGCUUUUCAUGGCUUUUUAAAGUGUCUGUUAGCUGGGUGAAGAGCCAGGUCUGCCUUGUUAUUUCCAACUGUGUUGCACCCUACCUCUUCCCUUAUUUCAUACCCGUCUAUGGAGACAAGCUGCUACGAAGCAAAAAGAGGAGGAAGAUCAGAGGUACGCCAGCAAAGUGGUUGCUGGCCUACGAGAACGCAAUGUCUUUCCACUUCAGCAAUUACUUUGUGGGCUAUUUGAGCGAGACCACCACCACUCUGGCUGGGGCAGGCUUCACCGAGGAGAAAGACAACCUCAAAUGGGACAUGAUGGUAUCCAAGCCUCUGAAUAUCGAGUUCCCCCGGUCGAUGGUGGAGGUGGUGACGUCGUGGAAUCUGCCCAUGUCUUGCUUUCUGCACACCUAUGUUUUUAAGAGUGCUCUCAAAUUUGGGACGUUCUCUGCCGUCAUGGUGACAUAUACGGCCAGCGCCCUCCUGCAUGGUUUGAGUUUUCAUCUGGGUGCAGUGCUAAUAUCUCUUGGGUUCAUCACGUACAUUGAGCACGUGUUGCGGAAGAGGCUUGCAGCCAUUUUUAAUGCCUGUGUGCUGUCAAAGAAAUGUCAGCCAAACUGCACUCACAGGAACAAAAAGGGGCUAUGGGUGUAUGUGAUUAACAUAGCAUUCAGCGCAUUGGCAAUACUCCACCUGACGUACCUGGGCUCUGUGUUCAACUCCAGUGUGGACUACAUGGAGGAGGAUGAGGACGAUAUAACGCAUCAUACCAUUCAGAAGUGGUCAGAGCUGAGCUGGACGAGCCACUGGGUCACAUUCGGAUGCUGGAUAUUGUACCGCCUCAUUCUCUAA